AUGUCAUAUGAAGAGGGCUCUCUUCUCGAGCCGCUCUCAGUGGCUCUGACGGGGCUCGAGCGAUCCGGUGUUCGCUUGGGUGAUCCCGUGGUUAUUUGCGGUUCUGGUCCCAUUGGCAUUGCCACUUUGCUGGCUGCUAACGCAGCAGGUGCAAACCCAAUCGUCAUUACGGACAUCAAUCAGACCAGGCUAUACAUGGCAAAAAAGGCAGUUCCUAGAGUGCGAACAGUGCUCAUCACCGGUGGAAAGGAGCCGCAGGCGACUGCCGAGGACGUCAAAAGAGCUCUUGGUCAAGAAGCCAAGACAGUGCUAGAAUGUACUGGCGUUGAGUCAAGUGUGGUCACCGGUAUAUACUCUUGCCGAUUCGGCGGCAUGGUCUUUGUUAUCGGCUGUGGUAAAGAUUUUGCCACGAUUCCCAUCAUGUAUAUGGCUGGCAAGGAAAUCGAGUUACGUUUCCAAUUUCGCUACCGAGAUAUCUAUCCACGGGCCAUUGGGCUUGUUGCUGAGGGAGUCAUUGAUCUCAAACCAUUAGUCACCCACCGAUUUGCUCUCGAAGAUGGCGAGAAGGCCUUCAAAACAGCUUCAGACCCUACUGCUCUGGCAUUGAAAGUUCAAGUACUUGAUGACUGA